AUGCUGAGGCUCCAGCCUGUGGACAUCUGCCCAAGUGUCUCCAUGGUGUUUGGUGAACCCUCCCGAGAAGCUGUGAACGCUAAAAGUAAAAAAGGAAUUAAAAUUGAAGUACUUCUUUUCCCAAAGGUGCUAAAGCUGGGAUUCCCAUCUCGGAUCACCGAGCUGGUGAUACGCCCACUGCUGGAAUUUGCUUGGGACAGUUACUUGGCUGAAAUGAAGAAGGUGGGAGAGAGUGAAGUGUGGGGCUUCACCUCGUGUGUAAUGUGCUUCCUCGAUGGCCAGCUGCUGGGUGAUGAGAAGGAUUUCCUGCAGUGGGCCAGGGUGGAGUUUGCGUACACUGACUACAGACCACAAUCGCUGUAUCGAGCAAUCACCGAUGACUUUCAUUCAAAGUACCUGAAGAACACCAAGCACAUAUAUGUCUACUUGGAGAUUGCCAUUAAUCAACAGCCUGUUGGGAGAUUGUUAUUGGAGCUUUUUACAGAUAAGUGUCCGAAAACCUGCAAGAACUUUGAGACGUUGUGUACAGUAGAGACUGCAGAGACUGCAAAGACUGCAAAGACUGCAGAGACUGCAGAGACUGCAGAGUCCACAUCUACAGACUCACAGCUAUGCUACAAAGGAACGAUAUUCCACAGACUGGUGAAGAACGGCUGGAUUCAAGGAGGAGAUGUCCUGUCAAGCCGAGGAGACAGUGGAAAGUCUAUCUACGGAGAAACAUUUAACGAUGAGAACUUUGCAAUCUCACACUGCAAGAGAGGAGUCCUAGGAAUGGCUAACAGAGGGCCACACACUAAUGCAAGUCAGUUCUACAUCACACUUCAGCCAGCACCCUGGAUGAACGCCAGAUUUGUCUCAUUUGGACAUCUGAUAGCAGGCACAGAAGUUCUUGAAAAAAUGGAAUCGAUACCAACAUAUAAUGAGAGACCGACAGUGGAAUGCAAGAUUACCGAUUGUGGCUACUAUUUCCCAUAAACACUCGUGCUCCUUCAGAUUGAAUAAAAUAACAUCCCGUUCAAGCUUC